UGAAGAAAAAAAUUGUCUAUCUAUAUAAAUAGUCAUUUAAGGAUAAACUUUGAGUGCUGAUAAAAAUAAAAAUAAAAAGGAUAAACUUUGAGUAACCAUACUCCAUAAUUCAUACUAUCAAAGUAUCAAUCAUGCCGACCAAAAAAACCCAUUCAUAUCAAAUGUUUUUAAAGUUUUUUUUAUCAGGGGUAAAGCAUAGAACCUGGUUUUCAAAAAAAAGCAUAGAAUCAAUCAUGAAUGUAUGCAAAGCAUCCAUACAAUGAUCAUGCCAUAUGAAGACACUCCAAACAUGAGAGGAUUGGACCAUGACUAAUUGUCCUGUGCAUUUAAUGUCCAUGGGGAGUCACAAGGCAAUUAUCCCGCCAAAAUAAGGCCAACAAGGCUCUAUUUUUUAUUUUUUUUAUCCGAACAAGGCUCUGUUUGUUUACACAAUUAGCUUACUCAGCCUCAUCCCCUCACCAAUACUCACACCCCAAACAGAUUCUACCACACAUUUAUUACUUUUUGAACUGGGGGUUUAUAUACUUAUUAAAAAAACACAGCCUUUUCAAACACUUCUCUUGCAUUUCUCUAACCAUGUCUUCUUCACAAGCUUCUACAAGAGAAAAACAAAAAGGGAAACAGAACGUCAAUGCUCGUCCAAAGACAAAUCAAGGGUUUGCAUUUGAUGAUAAACCCUUGUGGAAUCAUGUAAAAGUUAUUAAUGUGGCUUCGAGUGGAGAUGGAAAUAGAAUUUGGUCUUGCAAUUACUGCAGCAAGGUAGUAACCGGUUCAUACACCGAAGUCAAGGGUCAUCUAUUGAAGAUUCCUAGCUCUGGUGUGGAGGAUUGCAAAAUUAUUUCAGAUGCAGUAUUUGAUGCAAUAAAGAGGGAACAUGCAGAAGCUGAAACUAGAAAGGCCCACCAAGAAUUGAAUGCAAAAAACAAAGCAGCGUAUGUCUCUCUACCCGAAGGAUCUGAUCUUGCCCAUCGAAAGAAACGCAAGGGGAUGGCUCCACAAGGUCCUUUACCUGAUGCAUUUAAUGCUACUCAGAGAGAUGUUGCUGAUAAAGAAGCUGCACGAAUGUUUUUUGCCAAUGGGUUACCAUUUAACUUUGCUAGGUCUCCAUACUUCAGGCAAUACUCUCACUCUUGCAAAUAGUAGACUAGCUGGUUAUCGUCCCCCUACGUAUGAUAGGCUUCGAACAACUCUGUUAUCACAAGAAAAAGAGCAUGUCAACAAACUACUCCAACCAUUCAAAGAUACAUGGAGAAAAAAAGGAGUUUCGGUGUGCUCAGAUGGGUGGUCCGAUACACAACGUAAACCGCUCAUUAACAUUAUGGCAGCAUCAGUUGGGGGAGCAAUGUUUAUUAAAGCCAUUGAUUCGAGCGGAAACACAAAGGAUGCAGAGUAUGUUGGAAGUUUGUUCAUGGAAGCAAUCAAACAAAUAGGAGAAGAACACGUGGUUCAAAUAGUGACUGAUAAUGCAACGAAUUACAAGGCGGUUGGCUUGAGCAUUGAAACCAAAUUCCCACAUAUAUUCUGGACUCCUUGUGUGGUGCAUAGUCUGAAUUUGGCCUUGAAGAGCAUAUGCGAUCCAGGAGCAAAAUCACCACACUAUGCCCAAUGUAAGUGGAUCGUAGACUUGGUUUCGAAAGUUAAUGAUAUUCGUAACUUUGUUCUUAACCAUAGCAUGGCAAAUUAUAUUUUCAAUCAAUACUUAGAUUUGAAACUAUUGAGUGUGGCUAAAACUAGGUUUGCCUCUAGCAUUAUAAUGGCCAAGAGGAUAGUGGCAGUUAGGAGUUCUCUUGAAAAAAUGGUUAUGGAUGCAAAUUGGAAAGUAUAUAGGGCUGGUGGAACCACUGUGGCUAAAAAUAAGGCUCGAGAUGUGAAAAAAUACAUUGUUGAUGAGGAUGAUGAUUUUUGGGAUAAUUUAGAACAUCUUUUGAAAUUCACGGAACCGAUCAUUGAUAUGUUAAGAAAAGCUGACAUGGACACUCCUGUUUUGCAUCUAAUAUAUGACAUGUGGGAUUCGAUGAUUGAGAAUGUAAAAAAUAUCAUAUUUGAACAUGAGCACGAAGACAUACUUGUUGGCCAUUACCCCUUUUUUGAUGUAAUUCAACAAAUUUUAGAAAGUAGAUGGAACAAGAGUAACACUCCUUUGCAUUGUAUGGCUCACUCAUUAGUCCCAAAAUACUAUUCUGAUGCUUGGUUGCAAAGUGGUAAAGGAAUUCCUCGGGUAUCACCACAUGAGGAUCGAGAGGUCUCAUUAAUGAGAGCUCAAUGCUUUAAUCGGUUAUUUCCUGAUACUAACGAUUUGCACCAAGUUUACAUGGAAUUUGGAGCAUAUUCUAGUGGGUCUGGGUAUUUUGAAUAAGCUCAUGUAAUUGAUGCAAGAAGAUAUAAGGAACCCAUUUCAUGGUGGGCCAAUCAUGAGGCUUCAACACCACUCCUACAAUCUUUGGCAUUUAAGCUACUUUCGCAGCCAGCUUCUUCCUCUUGUUGCGAGAGGAAUUGGAGUACGUAUUCCUUGAUUCAAAACAUCAAAAGAAACCGACUACUAACAACCAGAGCUGAAGAUCUUGUGUUUGUUCAUUAUAAUUUGCGCUUAUUGUCAAGGAAAACCAAGGAGUACAUGGACGGGCCUUCAAAGUUUUGAGACAUAAGUGGCGACCAAUUUGACAUUGAAGGAGGUGAUGUAACGCAGCUUGUGGAGCUUUCUCUUGACGAACCAGUGCCGGAAGGAGUGAGAUUUGACGAGGAUGAUGAUGUUGAGGUCCUUGAUGGUGGGGGGGGAACAAGAACAAAGUGAGUAGAAGAAGGUGUCAACCAUGAUUUCUUUUUGCAAUUAGACUACAAGUCUACUGGACGAUAACUUAAAAGCACUAGUCUUUUGACUCUUUUGUUAAUAACUUAAUAUCCAGCUUGGAAUGACUUCUUUUGCUUGUAAAUUUGUAAUAUAAUUCUCGGUCAAAUGCUGGAUGCAAGAUUGUAUCUUGUGUAUUUUGGAUGGUUUCAUAACCAAACUAGUUUAUGGCUUUAUGUAUCUAAAUUCUAAACUAUGUGCCUUUUGCUAUGUUAUGUUAAUGUAAAUCUCAUUUUGGUAUGGAUUAUGGAGAAAUAGAAAGGAUAUACAGUAGAUUCUAAAAACUGCAGGAUCAAGUAUCAACAUACUAUCAAAUGUAAAGAAAGGUGAUGAAGUGUGCCAUGGUGUGAUCAUGUGGACAGGAAACCAGUGAAUCAGGUAAAUCUAUGUCUUCAUUACCUAAUUGAACUUUGUAAAAAACUCAAUAUUUCUAAGCAGUAAGGACUUACUUGUUUGUAACAGAACCAAUUGGUGGACUCGAAAACUCCUUAGAACUUGAACGUAGUUACCAAUUCCAAGGUAUGCUGUCUGUCCCAAUUUCUUAGUCCAUAUGCUUAGCAAACUUAUGAGUUAUGACUGUAACUUUAUGUUUUUAUUGUUAUGAAUAUGAUGACAUGAUAAUUUUAUACUCAAUUUUUUUUUGGCGUGUAGAAGUUACGGGUUUCUUUAAGUAUAAAAAUAUAACAAAAAUAUUUAGAAAAUUAGGUGGCGUAUCCCCGUAUCCGUGUCCAAAUUCGGACACGUAUCCACGAAUCCUCUUUUUUCAGGAUUGAGGUACCCGACCCUUAGAUAUGCACCCAUAUCUAAUUCACGUACCUGUGUCCGUGUAACAUAGCUU